GAAAUGGUCAUAAGCGCCGGGUCACUAAGCACUCAAGUGUCGUUGACAAGCGAGCUGAACCUCAGCUCUUUGUCACAGUGUCCAGACUCCGACCAGCGACCCAUCAGAUAUUUAGCUGCACCAGCACACCAACCAAAUAUGUUGCCACGUACCACCAAGCAACACGACAAACACAAUGGGCGACUCAUCAACACCAACUAAGCACAUCUUCGAUAAUGGCGCCACCGCCUACGAAGCCUCCACCGGCGGCUGCACACGUGACCUAGCACGACACAUGCUCACGCUCAGCCCAACCAUUCUUCCCGGCUCCGUGAUCCACGAUAAUGCAUGCGGCACCGCCGUCGUUGCGCAAGAGAUCGUCGCGCGCAACGUGCUUUCCCAAUCGCCUCCGGACCCCGCCUACACCCUGACCAUCCACUGCACCGACAAGUCUGCCAACAUGAUUGAACUAGCCCGGUCCGGCUAUAAAGACUGCCAGUCUGCGACAGACAUGCAAACCGCGUUUCCGCGCGUCAACGUCGAUUUUGCGCUCAUGUCUAGCGAGGAGCUGGGUUUUGCGGACGCGCACUUCUCGCACGCGUUUUCUAAUUGCGGGAUUUUGUGGUUUGACGACGCAGCCGCGGGUGCGCGUGAGAUGCUGCGUACGCUGCGGCCGGGUGGUACGGUGAUCGCAUCGUCGUGGAAGGAGAUGCGAAUUUUCGAUGUUGUGCGCGCGGUGCAGCGGAAGUGUGAGCCCGAGGCGCCGCCGUUCAAGCCGCCGGUGGACGAGAAGUGGUUCACGGCGAGACAUUUGGAGAGUGUAUUGAGAGAGGCAGGAUUCGAGGAUGUUGACGUUGUGGAGCGGACGGUGCAUUUUGCGGGGCGGGAUGUUAGGGAGUUGUGUGGGCAUCUGAUGGGGUUGUUGAAACAGUUGAAGAAGGAGUGGGCAGAUGGGCAAGAGGAGAGGUUCAGAGUACAGUUAGAAGCCGAGGCUGAGACGGCUGUGGAGACGUUUGAGAGACCGCGCAUGGAAGGAGGAGUAGAGAAAUUGGUGGGCAUUCCGAUGGUGGGAUUGAUUGGUGUUGCAAGGUAGUAACGUUAAGAGCAUGUUCCUAAGCAUACUGGAUCUGGUUCAUCAUACCGAGAUUGAUUUCUUAUGCGAAAAGGACUCUAACUAAAAGAUGCAUCAGUAAGUAACACCAUGCUAUACAUAGAUAUUGCACUAUCAAUUGUAUGGCACUGUUGCAC